AUGACAAUUCCAAACAAUGUCAUUCAGGAAAUCUUGAGUUUUGUUGUCCCUCGAGUUCAAGCUCAUCAUGAGAAGUGGCAGCAUCAGCAAACAGAAUUCAACAGGCCAUUCCUCCUUGCUUUAUCUGGCCUACAAGGUAGUGGCAAAUCAACUUAUGCCAGCCAGCUUGCAUUAGCCUUGGAACACGAACACCAGUUUAGGGUCAUUGUUUGUUCUCUCGACGACUUUUAUCAUGACCACGAGACUUUGGUUAAGAUAAAAAAUCAGAAUCGAGAUAACGGACUACUCCAAGUACGAGGACAACCAGGAACACACGAUGAAGCAUUUGUGAGCCAGUUUUUUGAGUCACUUACUACUGGUAUCGUCAAGAUUCCGGCAUUCGAUAAAAGUAGAUUCCAGGGUGAAGGAGAUCGAGUUCCCCAGGAAGACUGGAAGGUUUUUAUUCCAAGUAAAGAAAACAUAUUGGAUAUUGCUAUCUUUGAAGGGUGGUGUGUAGGAUUCAAGUCAUUAGAAAGAGAUGAGCUCGAGCGAAAAUGGGAGAGAGCGCAAAGAGAGCCUCGAACUAUGAGAUUAGGUGAAGAUCCGACAUUCCCAACAAACACACUUCGAAAUCAUCCCCUUGGUCAUCUCGAAAUGAUCAAUGAAAAUCUUCGUCGGUAUAACACAACGUUCAUGAACCCAGCAAACUUCGACGCUUUGAUUCAUCUCGAUACAGAAGAGCUCAUCAACGUUUACAGGUGGAGAAUAGAGCAAGAGCACAAUAUGUGGAAAGUAAAAGGCACUGGUAUGACCGAUGCAAGUGUCAUUCAGUUCGUUCAAGGUUAUAUGCCUGCUUAUGAACUAUAUUUGGAGGAGUUGCAAAGAAAGUCAUUCAUUCCACGAGGCAGUGAACUCGCUUCAAGUACACAGUUACGCCUUGUGUUAGAUCGAGAUAGAAGUGUUUUAAAGUAUCAAGAAUUAUAA